AUGUCUGCCGAACCGUUUGAAGGGUUAAUGGCUGACCUAUCAAAGCAAUUUUUUUUUGGCUUUUUUCUCAGCAGAUAUUGGCAGCUAUAUGCCGUUUAUUGGCAUUCGAAUCCCUGGGGUUGUUCGAAAGACAAAAAGACUCCGACUAAAAAUUAUUUUAAUUCUGGACCUUGGUAUCAAAGCCCUGAGCUUGCAGCAAAUGCCAGAACGAUGAUUUUUGAAGGCGGAAGUAGCCUCUCU